GGGACACAGGUGACGAUGUCCCGCCAUGCCAUGGACUUGGCCUUGCAGCCCGGCGCGAUCCAAGGUCAGGGGUCUGUGGCUGGGUCAGCCUAGCGGCUGAUCCCCCAGGUUCUUGUUCUUUAGUCUUCGUUAGCUUAGUGCUGUAGGUGUCAAGAAAGUGGUGUGUGUAUGGGUCCGUUUCUUGCUCGUCACCGCGAUGUUCUGCAGUGGAUCCAAGGAGUGCUAUUUGUUGCUGGACGUUGAUUCUGGUUGGUGGUGGAGUUCGGGAGUGAGUGACGGUACGGCGCGUAAACGUGGACAUCUAUCUUCUUUCUUCGGGGCAGCCGCAAGGCGAAACGCCCACCACGUUUGCGAGGCAUCACAUCAUCCGACCAUCGUUCGAUCGGCCAUCGUUCAUCGUCAUCAUCUACCACCUAUCACCAAAGGCAUCCUCUCCGCGCCCGCAGCUAUCUACUUCUAUCCGAAAUACCUACCAAUAAGCGGCCGGACAUCUACUUCUACCCGCCAGGAUGGCCUCUCGUCCUUCUCUUCUUUCUUUUCUUCUCUCUUCUUUUCUUCUCCCUCGUCCAAGCGCAAGCAAUCGAGCCAUAAGGCAAGUCUACGGACUAAAACUCGUUCCUCUAUUCUUCUUUCUUUUCUCGGCCUCUGACAGCCACCUCUUCAAGCUAAGCUUAAUCGAAAAACGAACGAAUGACAGCGCGCCUCACAAAUGGACGAUGGCCGAUCGACGAUGACGAUCAAUCUAAUCUCUUUCCCCUCAAUACAUAUCACAUCGAUCGAAUCAUAACCACGGUUAAGGGCGGGGGAAUAAUCGGAGUUUGGGCACGUUUCAUGUUUAUCGUUUCCUUUUUUUUGUGGAACUUUCUUUUACUUUUUUCUUAAUUCUU